AUGACCACCGCGGAAGGGGCCACGAUUGACGCGAAAUACUCGGAGGUCCUGGCAAAGGCCAGGUCCUCGAUAUCCCUGAGGGAAUUCGGUUUGGAGUCGGUCAAGAUCCGAACGAGUAUGACCGGCUCCAAACUGAUGGAGGUCGGGGGGACCACCCCCGAAGAAACCGCUGACCGUCUCGCCGCCGCCCUGGUGGAGGCAGUAGGGAGCUGGGCGGACAUAACCCGCCCAACCAAAAUGGCCGUCCUCAGGAUCACCGGUCUAGAUGACACGGUGACCACUGAGGAAGUGGCGGCCCAAUUGGCAUCGGUCGGCGGGUGUCCCCCCAGCUCCAUGAGAGUAGGUAAUAUCAGGCCGAGCUUCUGGGGCGGCGGCUCCGCCCUGGUCAA